GGGGGGAAGGGACAAAGGUCGCUCUCCUCCAGCCAGCCUCCCACAGCUCCCUGAGAUCUCCCAGGUGGCAGCUGCCUCCUCCAGACAGGUUCAUCCGCCAUGACCAAACUGAGCGCCCAGGUCAAAGGCUCCCUCAACAUCACCACGCCCGGGGUGCAGAUAUGGAGGAUAGAGGCCAUGCAGAUGGUGCCUGUUCCUUCCAGCACCUUCGGCAGCUUCUUCAACGGUGACUGCUACAUAAUCCUGGCUAUCCACAAGACAGGCAGCAACCUGUCCUAUGACAUUCAUUACUGGAUCGGCCAGGACUCGUCCCAGGAUGAGCAAGGGGCAGCUGCCAUCUACACCACACAGAUGGAUGACUUUCUGAAGGGCCGGGCUGUCCAGCACCGCGAGGUCCAGGGCAACGAGAGCGAGACCUUCCGAGGCUACUUCAAGCAGGGCAUUGUGAUCCGGAAAGGGGGUGUGGCUUCUGGCAUGAAACAAGUGGAGACCAACUCCUAUGACAUCCAGCGGCUGCUACAUGUCAAGGGCAAGAGGAAUGUGGUGGCCGGAGAGGUGGAGAUGUCCUGGAAGAGUUUCAACCGUGGGGAUGUUUUCCUCCUGGACCUCGGGAAGCUUAUCAUCCAGUGGAAUGGGCCAGAGAGUAACCGCAUGGAGAGACUCAGGGGCAUGACCCUGGCCAAGGAGAUCCGAGACCAGGAGCGGGGUGGCCGCACCUACGUGGGCGUAGUGGACGGGGAGGACGAGAAGGCCUCGCCGCAGUUGAUGGAGAUCAUGAACCACAUGCUGGGCCAGCGGAAGGUGCUGAAGGCCGCCGUGCCUGACACGGUGGUGGAGCCGGCACUCAAGGCCGCCCUCAAGUUGUACCACGUGUCUGACUCAGGGGGAAAUGUGGUGGUCAGAGAAGUCGCCACGCGGCCGCUCACACAGGACCUGCUCAGUCACCAGGACUGUUACAUCUUGGACCAAGGGGGCCUGAAGAUCUAUGUGUGGAAGGGGAAGAAUGUCAAUGCCCAGGAGAAGAAGGAAGCCAUGAGCCAGGCACUGAACUUUAUCAAAGCGAAGCAAUACCCACCGAGCACGCAGGUGGAGGUGCAGAAUGAUGGGGCCGAGUCAGCCGUCUUUCAGCAGCUCUUCCAGAAGUGGACAGUGCCCAACCGGACCUCAGGCCUGGGCAAAACCCAUGCCGUGGGCUCCGUGGCUAGGGUGGAACAGGUGAAGUUUGAUGCCACGUCCAUGCACGUCCAGCCUCAGGCGGCUGCCCAGCAGAAGAUGGUCGACGAUGGGAGUGGGGAGGUGCAGGUAUGGCGCAUUGAGGACCUAGAGCUGGUGCCUGUGGAUUCCAAGUGGCUCGGCCACUUCUAUGGGGGCGACUGCUACCUGCUGCUCUACACCUACCUCAUUGGCGAGAAGAAGUACUACCUGCUCUACAUCUGGCAGGGCAGCCAGGCCAGCCGGGAUGAAAUCACAGCCUCGGCCUAUCAAGCGGUCAUCCUGGACCAGCAGUACAACAAUGAACCAGUCCAGAUCCUGGUCCCGAUGGGCAAGGAGCCACCUCACCUCAUGUCCAUCUUCAAAGGACGCAUGGUGGUCUACCAGGGAGGCACCUCUCGGGCUAACAGCGCGGAGCCUGUGCCCUCCACACGGCUGUUCCAGGUCCGGGGGACCAACACCAACAACACCAAGGCCUUUGAGGUCCCAGCCAGGGCCACCUCCCUCAACUCCAAUGACGUCUUCAUCCUCAAGACCCAGUCUUGCUGCUACCUGUGGUGUGGGAAGGGUUGUAGUGGGGACGAGCGGGAAAUGGCCAAGAUGGUUGCUGACACCAUCUCCCGGACCGAGAAACAAGUGGUGGUGGAAGGGCAGGAGCCGGCCAACUUCUGGAUGGCCCUGGGCGGGAAGGCCCCCUAUGCCAGCACCAAGAGGCUGCAGGAGGAAACUCUGGUGAUCACUCCUCGGCUCUUUGAAUGUUCCAACCAGACCGGGCGCUUCCUGGCCACAGAGAUCCCUGACUUCAAUCAGGAUGACUUGGAAGAGGAUGAUGUGUUCCUGCUAGAUGUCUGGGACCAGGUCUUUUUCUGGAUUGGAACGAAUGCUAAUGAGGCCGAGAAGAAAGCUGCAGCCACCACAGUGCAGGAAUACCUCAAGACCCACCCCAGCGGCCGGGACCCCGAGACCCCCAUCAUUGUGGUGAAGCAAGGACACGAGCCCCCCACAUUCACGGGCUGGUUCCUGGCUUGGGAUCCCUUCAAGUGGAGUAACGCCAAAUCCUAUGAGGCCCUGAAGGCGGAGCUUGGAAACUCUGGAGACUGGGGCCAGAUCAUUGAUGAGCUCACAAACCCUAAACUAGACGUGUUCAACGCUAACAGCAAUAUCAGUUCUGGGCCUCUACCCAUCUUUCCCCUGGAGCAGCUGGCGAACAAGCCUGUGGAGGAGCUUCCCGAGGGUGUGGAUCCCAGCAGGAAGGAGGAGCACCUGUCUGUUGAGGAUUUCACCAAGGCCUUGGGGAUGACUCCUGCUGCCUUCUCUGCUCUGCCUCGAUGGAAGCAACAAAACCUCAAGAAAAAAAAAGGACUAUUUUGAGAAGCAGGAGUAGCUGUGGUUUAAAGCAGUACCCUACCCCGCUUGAAGAGCUUUGUUUUGUUAUUACUGGUAUUAGUCCUAUAUUAAUGGAAGUGAAAAUUUAGUUGUACCUGUGAGCAACAGUCUGUGGCAAUGCCACUUCUGUUUAGUAAUCUACCUAUUCCUCCAGAAAGAUGAUUCCUCCAUAAGGAGCCUGUGGUCCCAAUUUCAGCUCUCAAGGUGGUUGCAUUUUUUUUAUCCUGGGUGUUGCAUUACUUUUAAACCAUCCUGUUCUAGAGCUUUCCCUUCUUAGAAGAGCAGCCCAACACUUCACAGAAGAGCCUUUCCUAGGCUUUUAUCAUGACUCAUUUUUAAUUAUGGCCGGUGGGCUGAAGCAUUUUGCAGUUUUAUAUCUUUCCGAGAGUAAUGGCUUUUCCUUUUCACAUAUACUUUUCUUACUGCCUUCCUCAGGUGAUGUUAAAGGGGACCCAUUCUUUGAAAGAGCUGAAUGGCCCAGGUGAUGGCCCUAUUUAGGAGGUUUCACAAUACUCACUAACCAGUACCCAGCGAGAGCAACAUACCCACUAGGCCUAGGCUUAAGGCCCAACAGCAAGUAUGAAAUACAAAUGCCAUUUCACCCCCCUCUCUGGUACUCUUAAUAAUAAGGCAAAGGAAGAGCACAGUUAAGGCCCAUGCUGGGUUUAAAAACUGUUAUCCAGAACCUCUGCAAAGUUUCACAGGCUCCCCAGGUGAAAGCCACUGGACGUUGGUGCUGACUCAGCCAUACCUGGUUUCCCAUCCCAUUCCCUUUAAGGUGUAACAGUGCGCUUGAAAGUCCAAGUCAGAAGGCCAACAGGUGAUUUCCACAACUUCAACAACGGGUUAAGUGUCUGCAAGAAUAUGUCCUUUUCAGAAAUAACAGUUGAACCAACACAAGGUUAAUAAAGGCUUUAAU